AUUUUACCACUAAAAACGCAUAUUACCAUUCCAAUCUUGUUAUACCUCUCCCACCAUUUCUCUCGCUCCCUAUUCUUUCUACCGUCAUGAAUCUCUGGCUCCCAUUGCUUCUUCUCCUCCUCUCCUCGGCCACCACAUCGGUGGCUGAGACAUCUCAAUGGGGCCGACCACAUUUGCCACACGUGCACCGCAGCGACGUAUCGGCCUGCCACGGCCCCGUAGGCGAGUGCCUUAAUAGGGAGUAUGAAGAAGCGAGGAUAUUGGACCCAGAGAUUAGCCGUAGAGCGCUGGUCCAAGGGCCAAGACACAUUAGCUACGCCGCCCUGAAGCAAGAUAAUGUUCCGUGCAACCAACGCGGCCGGUCGUACUACAACUGUGGCACCAGUGCGAAGGCCAACCCGUACCAAAGAGGAUGCAGCGUCAUCACACAUUGCUACCGAUUCACGGAUUAAAAUAAAGAAUUAUUAUUUUAUCUUUAUUAAUUAAUUGUAUUAUGAGUUUUUUUUUUUUUAAUUAGCAGUUUUUCUCUCUUUUUGUUUUCUCCUUGGUGACAAUAUUGCGGUUUUGUUUGUCUUCUCUCCAAAAAAUUGAAAAUUACGGUUGCAAUUGUCUUAAUGAAUUUUAUAUUUGUAAAUAUGUAGUUUGUAUUUUAUCAUUUCAAUAAUAAUGAGGAGUUUAAGUC